CGCGCCUGCGCACUCAGUGCGUGCUGUCGGAGCUCCCAACAACCCCUGCGCGCGGCCCGUUAGGCCCCGGGGCUGUGAACUGACCUGAGCUGUCUCGCCCUCUCUUCCCCUAGCAUCACCGUGAGAGGGGUUCGGCAUCCCAGGUGACCAGUUCUGGCUCAGAACGUUUGUUCCGGCCAUCGGUAGGAAAGCCGUUGCGGCCCGGGAAUGAGGAUAGGGAAGGAAUCAGUGAUGUUCAGUGAUGUGUCCAUCGACUUCUCUCUGGAAGAGUGGGAAUUCCUGAAUUUGGAACAGAGGGAUUUGUAUAGAGAUGUAAUGUUGGAGAACUACAGCAACUUGGUCUCAUUGGGAUGUUUCAUUUCUAAACCAGAUGUGAUUUCCUUAUUAGAACAAGGGAAAGAGCCCUGGAAAGUAGUGAGGAAAGGAAGAAGACAAUAUCCAGAUUUAGAGACCAACUAUGAGAUCAAGAAGUUAUCCUCAGAAAAUGACAUUUAUGAAAUAAACUUAUCCCAGUGGAAAAUAAUGGAAAGAAUUAAAAACCAUGGCCUUAAGAGCUUCAUUUUAAGAAAUGAUUGGGAGUCCAAAAGAAGAUUUGAAGGACAAGAGGAAUAUUUCGACCAAGUGAAAAUCACAUCUCAAAAAAUGUCCCCUUACCAAAAACGCUCAUCUCUUUCCUCACGUCAGAGAAUUCAUUAUGUCGAGAAACCCUAUGAAUGUAAGGAAUGUGGGAAGGCCUUUAGAGUCCGCCAACAACUUACAUUUCAUCAUCGAAUUCAUACUGGUGAGAAACCUUAUGAAUGUAAGGAAUGUGGGAUGGCAUUUAGACAGACGGCACAUCUUACUCGACAUCAGAGACUUCAUUCUGGUGAAAAACUCUAUGAAUGUAAGGAAUGUGGGGAAUCUUUCAUGUGUGGCCCAGAACUUAGAGUACAUCAGAAAAUUCAUAUUGGUGAGAAACCCUAUGUAUGUAAAGAAUGUGGGAAGGCCUUCAGAGUUCGUGGACAACUUACUCUCCAUCAGAGGAUUCAUACUGGUGAGAAACCGUAUGUAUGUACAGAAUGUGGGAAAGCCUUUAGGCAGUAUGCACAUCUUACUCGACAUCAGAAGCUUAAUAUUGCUGACAAACUCUAUGAAUGUAAAGAAUGUGGGAAGGCCUUUUUGUGUGGGUCUGGCCUUAGAGUACAUCACAAACUUCACACUGGGGAGAAACCCUAUGAAUGUAAAGAAUGUGGGAAGGCCUUUAGAGUACGACAACAACUGACACUCCAUCAGAGAAUUCAUACUGGUGAGAAGCCCUAUGAAUGUAAGGAAUGUGGAAAGACUUUUAGUCGUGGUUAUCAUCUUAUUCUUCAUCACAGAAUUCAUACUGGUGAGAAACCUUAUGAAUGUAAGGAAUGCUGGAAGGCCUUUAGUCGUUACUCACAACUUAUUUCACACCAGAGUAUUCAUAUUGGUGUUAAACCCUAUGACUGUAAGGAAUGCGGGAAGGCCUUUAGACUACUCUCACAACUUACACAACAUCAGAGUAUUCAUAUUGGUGAGAAACCCUAUAAAUGUAAGGAAUGUGGGAAGGCCUUUAGAUUGCGCCAAAAACUUACUCUACAUCAGAGCAUUCAUACUGGUGAAAAACCUUUUGAAUGUAAGGAAUGUAGGAAAGCCUUUAGACUUAAUUCAUCUCUUAUUCAACAUCUGAGAAUUCAUUCUGGUGAGAAACCCUAUGAAUGUAAGGAAUGUAAGAAGGCCUUUAGACAACAUUCACACCUUACCCAUCAUCUGAAAAUUCAUAAUGUAAAAAUAUCACAUGUAUUAGGCGCUGCUAGUGCCAAGACGGUUUCUCUAAACCCCAGUAGCAGUUCCGCAGAGACACCUCAAACCCAAGCUGGCAGCGGGCGCCUCAUUCAUCCCCGUGAAGCCUCGAAGCCGGUGCCGCUUCAGCUGAACCCCAAGCCGGGAGGUCUACGGCACGCUCCCGCCCUGCCCACUCGCGCCCGCGCUUGCGCAUCCCACGAAACCCGGCCGCGCAGAUGCAGCGGCCCAGAAUGGCUCCGAGUUAGAUUUACUAACCCCACAGUGAAGGCCUGUAACAAAAAGACGCAGAACAACAGCUCUCAGAACCACAGCUUAACCAGAGCUCCCUCCCAAGGCAGCGCUCUUGAACUCGGAGACAGCUUCCAGCCCUGGCUAUUGUACUCUGGCCAUUCUCUCCGAUGCCGGGAAGGCACAGCUUCACCCCAGGCUCCCUCUUAUUUCCGUCGGGUAGUGUGUGUGAUGGAUGGUGGGAGCGAGGGUCGUAGCGGGGGAUUUUGCCAUGUGUGCUUCAUCCAUCCUCAUACUGUCUGUCCUUUUGUAAAUUGUUGUUAUUCAAGAGGAAUUGCCUACCAACCUGAAGUUUUGAAAUUUAUUAGCAUUAUGAGGAAGAGUGGGGCUGAGAAGCUCAAAUUUUUUUUGUGGAAGAAUAAAGAGCAGAAGAGAAUUUUCUUUAAUAAUUGUGGAAAGAAAUCUGGCUUAUCUGAACUCUGCAGAUCUCUAACAGAAAUCUUGAAAAGGACUGACCAGUGCUUGCAGUUCAAAACAAUGGCCCAUAAAACAAUAUACAGGAAGUCUUGUUGUAUUCCAAAUACAAUUGCUGAACCAUCAGAACCAUCUGCGGAUGUUUUGAAAUGUUUGCAAAUAUCAUCAAAGGGGAUGUGUAUAAUUGGUGUUGCUGGCAGAAGGGAAGGCAUAAGAGCAUCGUACAGAAUGGGGCCCCCAUUUACCUGGCUAGUUCCUCUAUUCGCCAGACCAGCUGAACCUCUCCUGGUCCUUAACCUAGGUUCAGUGACGUUCAGAGAUGUGGCCAUUGACUUCUCACAGGAAGAAUGGGAAUUCCUGGACUCAGCACAGAGGGACUUAUAUAGGGAUGUGAUGUGGGAGAAUUACAGCAACUUCAUCUCACUAGCAGGUCCUUCCAUGUCUAAGCCAGAUGUGAUUACCUUAUUGGAUGAAGGGAAGGAGCCCUGGAUGGUUGUGAGAGAAGGAACAGGAAAACAUCACCCUGACUUGGAGUCCAGAUACAGUGCCAAUAUUUUAUCUUCAGAAAAGGACAUUUACGAAAUAUAUUCAUUCCAGUGGGAGAUAAUGGAAAGAAUUAAAAGCUGUAGCCUUCAGGACUCCAUUUUUAGAAAUGAUUGGGAAUGCAAAGGCAAAAUUGAGGGGCAAAAGGAACCACAAGAGGGAUAUUUUGGGCAAGUGAAAAUUGCUUCUGAAAAAAUGACCACUUACAAAAAGCAUAAUCUUCUUGCCGAAUAUCAGAGAGUUCAUAAUGGAGAAAAGUUGUAUGAAUGUAAGGAAUGUAGGAAGACCUUUAUUCGUCGCUCAACACUUAGUCAACACCUGAGAAUUCAUACUGGUGAGAAACCGUACAAAUGUAAGGAAUGUGGGCAGGCCUUUAGACAGCGUGCACACCUUAUCAGACAUCACAAACUUCAUACUGGUGAGAAACCCUAUGAAUGCAAGGAAUGUGGGAAGGCCUUUACAGUCCUCCAAGAAUUGACUCAGCAUCAGAGACUUCAUACUGGUGAAAAGCCCUAUGAAUGUAAGGAAUGUGGAAAGGCCUUUAGAGUACAUCAGCAACUUGCUCGACAUCAGAGAAUUCACACUGGAGAGAAGCCCUAUGAAUGUAAGGCAUGUGGGAAGACCUUUAGGCAGUGUACACACCUUACUCGACAUCAAAGACUUCAUACUUCAGAGAAGCUCUAUGAAUGUAAGGAAUGUGGGAAAGCCUUCGUGUGUGGUCCAGACCUUAGAAUACAUCAGAAAAUACAUUUUGGGGAGAAACCCUAUGAAUGUAAGGAAUGUGGAAAGGCUUUUAGGAUAUGUCAACAGCUUACUGUCCAUCAGAGUAUUCAUACUGGUGAGAAACCCUAUGAAUGUAAAGAGUGUGGGAAGACUUUUAGAUUAAGGCAACAACUUGUUCGCCAUCAGAGAAUUCAUACUCGUGAGAAACCCUAUGAAUGUAUGGAGUGUUGGAAGACCUUUAGUAGUUACUCACAACUUAUUUCCCAUCAGAGCAUUCAUAUUGGUGAGAGACCUUAUGAAUGUGAAGAAUGUGGGAAGGCCUUCAGACUGCUGUCACAGCUUACUCAACAUCAGAGUAUUCAUACUGGUGAGAAACCUUAUGAAUGUAAGGAAUGUAGAAAACCUUUUCGACUUCUCUCACAACUUACUCAACAUCAGAGUAUUCAUACUGGAGAGAAACCUUAUGAAUGUAAGGAAUGUGGUAAAGCUUUUAGACUUUAUUCUUUUCUUACUCAACACCAGAGAAUUCAUACUGGUGAGAAACCCUACAAAUGUAAGGAAUGUAAGAAGGCUUUUAGACAACAUUCACACCUUACUCAACAUCAGAAAAUUCAUAAUGUAAUUUAAUACAAGGCUUUCAAAUGCACAUUAUGUUACACAACGUCAGAAAAUUCAUUUUUGAGAGAAUUUGUUUGAUGCUCCUCAUUAAGCAUAAAAAAUUUAUAUUUCAGAAAAAAAUGUUGCUUUAAUGGUUGCUUCCAUCACCAUUCAAGCAUUGUCUUCAGCAUAUUCAUAUGAGAAAGUAAUAUAAUGAAUGCAGGAAAAUCUUUAGCCUUAUCUAUCUUUUAUCACCAUUUCACCACUGUAUUACCAGUGUAUUAUUGGAUAGGUACUUAAAUUUCUGUGCCUCAUUUUGCUCACUUGUAAAAUGGUGAUAAUAGUAUCUAUGAAUAUUAGCUAUUUAUUGCUGCAUAAUAAAAUACCACAAACUUAGUAGCUUAAAAUAAUACACAUUUAUUAUCUCAGUUUCUAUAGGUCAGGAGUCUAGGCAUAACUUAGUUGGGUCUUCUGCUUCAGGGCCUCUCACAAGGCUAAAAUCAAGGUGUUGACCAUGACUGAGUCUCAUCUGAAGGUUCAACUGGAGAAGAGAUCCACUUCUAACCUCAUGUGGUUGUUGUCCAAAUUAAUUUCCUGAGGGCUGUUGCACUGAGGUCUUCAGAUUCUAGCUCGCUGUUGGCUGAAGGCUGACUUCAGUCAGUUCCUUGCUACAUGAGCCCCUUCAGCAUAACUGCUUGCUUCGUAAGAGAAUGCAACCCAAGAAAGCAAGAGUCUGCUAGCAUCGAAGAAGCUAUCAUCUUGUGUUUCUAAUCGUUGAAAUGACAUUUCAUUACCUUUGCUACCUUCUGUUGCAUGGAAGCAAGGAACUAGGCUGCCCUACACUAAAGGGAACAGGCUUAUAGAAGAGUAUGAAUCCCAGGAGGAAGGGAUCACUGGGGCCAAUUCAGAGUCAGCCUGCUGUAUCAUUGUGAGGAUUGAGUAGUUAAUACUUGGAAAAACCGCAGCCAUAUAGCAUGUUUUCUGUAAAUAUUAUCUAUAGUUGUUAUUAACAUCAUUAGUGUUAGUGAAUUCAUAUGAAAGGAAGAUCCUAUAGAAGUAAUAACUGUAGAAAUGCCUUCUGUCACUGCUCAGCACUUACUAAACCUAAGAUUAUUCUGGAUAAAAUCUAGGAGGUUAUUUUGAAUGUGAGAAGUUCUUCAUCACUUGAGCUGCAUCAGAAAUUUCAUGCUGAAAAAAAACCCUGAUGAAUUUCGUGAAUAUGAGGUUAAGAAUAUAGUGAUUGAAGAAGCAAAGAGAAAUAUGAAAUUGUUUUCCUAUAAUAAAUUACAAGGUAAAUGUUUUAUAGUCUGUAUUCUCUGACCACCACUCAAAAUUAAUUAGAAACUAUCAAAAAGAUGGCCAAAAAAAAAAAAAAAAGAAACUAACCACUUGGAAAUAUAAUUGUGUAUGUGUGUGUGCACCUGUGUGUGUAUAUGUUACUCUUGUAGAAAGAAAGAAAACAUUCCAUUGCAACUAGUAAAUUUUUUGAUGCUCAUAGUAUCCCAUCUUCAACCAGUAGAAGCUGGGUUUUUUGACAUGACCCCAAUAGCAGUUUAAUAGUUUACUUGGUUAUGGCUGCCUAAUUUGGUCAGUUUGGGAAGAUGCUUGGGUACCAGCUCAUCAUUCUGAAAACUAAUAAAUAAAGGGAAAAGUAUUUAUUUUGUUUUUUUUUCCAUGUGAAUCAAGUCUCAGGGUCACCCAAAGCUCAUCAAAUAUAAUUUUUUUUUAAUUUAAUAAAUCUUACCAGUAAAUACAGAAAAAAAGAUAUUUGGAUUAGAAAAAUCAUUUUCUAGUUCCUAAUUUAAAGAAUAAUGUCCAGAAAGUGGUCUUCAAGGGAUAUUAAAACUAUUUGGGGAAAGAGUUUAUAGUGAGAACUUUAUAUUGGAUUUAUCAAGCUGACCAUUUCUAAGCCCUUUGGUUGAUUUUAACGUCUAUAAUAGUGAAACUGUCAGACAAUAUGCACCUCCUGGUAUAAUGCAGUUAGGAAGUACAUGUCACUACCUAUGAAGUUUUCUUGCCAAAAUAAUGAACAGAAUGAAUCAAACUUUUAAAUCAAAAAAUUUUUUAAACCCAA